AUGUCAAUUUCCAGAUUAUAUAAGUACUGCAGUGCAAAUUUUUUUGUUGUUCGUGAAAUGACUGGGCGCAAGAAACCAGUUCCUCUGGAGGAGAAACGGAAGCGUUUGCUGAACCUCAUUUCUCAAUCAGGAGAAGUUUAUCUGCUACCUGAACUGGAAAAACUGGGCAGUGAAAGAGGCAUCGUCGCACAGUCUGUGAAAGACGUCCUUUCUGCCUUGGUUGAUGACAAUCUCGUGGAGUCCGAGAAGAUCGCUGGAUCCAUUUACUUUUGGUCGUUCCCUGGCAAGAAAGUCGCCGAUCGCCGCCAAGCGCUCGAAGAAAUCAAGAAAAAACUCGGGAAACUGAAAGACAGGCAUGCCAAGGCAGAAAGAGCAUUGAAAACGGCCAAAGAAAAUGCUGAACCUGAUCCACGAAGGGACAAACUAAUGGCAAAACUCGAAGAGAGAGAAGCUCACCAACAGAAUCUUGUGGAGGAACUUGAUGAUCUUAGACGGAGCAGUUCAAAAAUAGCGGAGGAAACUGAAAUCGAGAUGCAGCGCGGAAUGGACGCUGCCAAUCGGUGGACCGACAACGUGUUCCAAAUACGCUCUUGGCUUGUAGAGAAGUACCAGGUUGACGGCGUAAUGCUCAACAAACGUUUUGGCAUUCCAGAAGACUUCGAUUACGUUGACUAGUUUCAUCAUUUGCGAAAAGAAUCUUCUUCAUAUGAUUCGCAUUACUUUUUCAGAAAUAAAAUUGUGGCAGAAUUAUCUGGAUCUCGUAACGCAUGAUUUGGAUUGACUUUCUCUCAUAAACAUAGGACAGAAGAAAAAUAAGUAAUACUUUCUGUGAUAA